AUGUCUAUCCGUUCUAAAUCUACCUUCAUCUUCAUAACACUUUUCGUUAUUAUCAGCAUCACUCUUCUUCAAAUUACAACCGCUGAACUUCCAAAAGAUUUUGGAAAAUCUCAUAACAGCAAUAAACCAAGUAUUCCGUUUGGUACCAUGUUAAAGGACAAAGAUUCUGAUAGUGGUGUGACGAUGAUUGGCGAAACAUUAAAUCGUGAAUUUUGGGGAAUCAUGAUUGGCGCUUUGUUUGUUAGAAUGAAAAGUUUACGUUUGAUUGUAAACGGUUUUUAUGCAAGUCAAAAAAUAGAAUAG